AUCAUAACUUGCAAACUCCUCCAGCUUCGAGAGCUACUCCUACUCUGCCCCUCCUACCUAGUCAUCCUCUCAUUGAGAAAGAUCCCCUUCUUCUGUACUAUCUUCAGACCCCAUCACGCGACCAAAGCUUCGUUUUAGCUUCAUGUUUGAAUUAUGGCCGCAACAGGUCCCUGCAGGAAGCGGUGGCUCGCUGUUCGUGAGGAAUUGACCAGAGGUAUGUUUUCUUAGGCACCCCAACCCUUUCAAAAAAUGGGGCCGACGAGACCAAUCAACCUUGGAAACAACAGAUAGGUUGCCAACGAGAAUAUUCAAGUGUGUUCUUGCCACUACUCUCACGGGUUUGUAUUCCCUUACGGAGGAUUAGGCUAUUAGGAAAUCUAUAGAUCCUGUUGCUAAUCGAGAGCUUAAACUUUCAGUCAUCAUUUCACUGCUUCCGAAUAUCCGCAGUAAGGAUCCGAAAUUACUCUCCCCUCCGCCUUCGAAUCCUUAAAUUUUCAUGUUCCAUUCUUUGUUUGCAUUUACGGCGUUACAUUUGGUUCUGUGUUGGACAAUGUUUGCUAAAACGCUGUGUGGGUGGACAGAUGUGUAUGGCACGGCGGCAUAUCUGGCAUCCAUCACAACGGUGUUUGUGUCCUGACCCCUGUCCAAUUGAUUUCUACUUUGCGCUCUAGUUAUAGCUCAUUAUACUAAUAUCUCUUCUACAAUACAGUUUCGGUAUUUAGCUUCGUUGGCCCAUGACUUUGCUUUUCUGACCCUAAUUAGGCCAUCCCGGGCGUCGACUUGGAUCGAUGGUGGAGUGUAUGCAGCCUGCCGAGUCACCCCAGGAGAGUGUAUUGCUGAUUGGUUUGCUUCCUAGCAUUAAUGCUCGCAUCAAUCGGUGCGUCAAUUGGUAUUGGGUGGGCUUCGUUGGCGGUAUACCUAGGAUCACUUGUACAUCCUCACAGUGAACGGGGGAUGAUGGCGGUAAGGGCAACCUUCCUGACAAUAGCACUUUUUGUGCACGGUUACGUUAGGAGCUCCACACCGAGGCUUUUCAUAUUAGUUCUCCUCAUGAUUAUACCCGUGGUUAUCGGAUUGGUAUGACUCCUCUACUGGAAACUUCAUCAAAAAUUCAAGGCUUCCCAUCUGAUAUUGAGAGAAAUAGACUUCUCCGAUAUAUGAAAUGACCGCUAUUUUCCCCAAGCAGUUCUUUUUUCCGAUACUAACGGCUUCAGCAAUUGUGCUGCUGGUAAAUGUGGCGGUGUUUCCUGAGUUUGGAAGCACCUACUUGGGCUUGACAACAGUCGAAACCCUUCAGAAGACUUUGAAGGUCCAAAAGGAUGCUAGCCAGCUAUUCCUAACUUGCACGAAUCACCCAACCCCAGAUAUCGGUGGAAACUCCACAGAGAAAGAACCUUCCUUAAAGGAUCUAACCGAGGCGAAAGGCGAGCUUCGCAAGAAAGUAGCCGAGUGUAAAGGCGCCCUAAUCGAAUGCUCAUUUGAGCUUGCAUUUUCAGUCCUCGCGCCGUGGGAAUUGAAGCCCAUAGCAAGCAAAGGCAUUAAGAAGCUCGUCGCCAACACUCUCAGUCUUGUCGGGGCCUGUGAGAGCAAAUAUGCAUUACUUGGUGACGGGGGUGCAACUAAUAACAGAGCAGUGGAGAAGAAGAAACACAGUGAAAAGAAGCGCUCAGCGGAGGCCGCUAAUAUUGACCAAGUGAGACCGAUAAAAGAGAUUGAAUCUGGAGACCAACAGCUGUUGCAGUACCUUCUUGAACGGUGUGUAAAAGCUUACCGAGUGAGCGAUGAUGACAGGACUAAUUUGAUACCCGUACGGCCUCUAGGGUUGAAGCACCACUAAGCGGCCUACAGGCCACCAUUGACAGAUGCGUAGAUAUUAUCAAUACUUGUGUUGCGUAUACAUUUGUAUUGGAACCCCUUUCGGCACACCACAUUUGGUACGCUAACGAAUUUAGGAUGUUCCCACGCUCCCGUCCCUGAAGCAGGGUAAAGGAACGCCUCGCUGUCCGAAAGGAAUUCUGAUCCAGGAACUCGAUGUGCAUAUCGAUUGGCUUGAAAAUGCCAUUGGGGAGUUUGGCAGAAGAUCUACCGAAGCCCUUGAAGGCGCAGCAAUUCAGGAAACGAAUAACGUAGAGAUGAUAGAUGGGGAGAUCGAUGUGAUGCCUCGAGAUGAGAUUUUCCUGAUCAGCAGCUUUAUGCUGAAUUUGCGUCAGGCUGCGUGAGUAUAUCUAUUUCGCCACAUUUCACCCGCCGGGACCCUAAUCUUUACGUUGCCAUUACUAGUUCACAUACGCUGGACAUGUUGAAACAUUCCCGAAAGCUAGUCGAGCUCCAUAAAGACCGUAAAGAAACCCGAAGGAUCUGGCUUCCAAAGAUUAAGCUACGUAAAUGGCUUUUCAGUGGAACUGAAGAGCCUGAGAGUCUUCCGGCCGCCCAGAGGGAUGCUUAUCUCAAGGAGGGCGGCGAUCUGGGUGAGGAUGAAAAGGCAUCCAGAGAAACACUAAGGGAGGGGAAAGAUCGGGGACGGAAAAAGAAAGUGAGAGAGCGCGUAGCCGAUUUUCUUGAAUGGGUUGGCGAUUCAGACCAUGUGCUCUACGCUUUCAAGCUGACAUUGGGUGUUAUGUUGGUGACUUGGCCGGCCUUCGUUAGCGGCUGGCAGAUGUGGUUUUACUACAAUCGAGGAUGUAAGAGCUCCAUUCCUGUUCCCGAUGCCUGAUGACACUGACAGCUAUUGUAGUAUGGGUCGGUUUAAUAUUUAUCCUUGUUUUCGAGAACGCUGUCGGAUCUACAAUUUGGAUUUUUGCCCUCCGUGCUGUGGGCACCUUGAUAGGGUCUGUAUGGGGCUACGCCGCAUACGAGGCACGCAACGGUAACGAAUAUGUAAUCGCAAUAAUGAUCUUGAUAGGAAUGACUCCCAGCUAUUACGUCCAGCUUGGAACCAGAUACAUGAAAGCGGGCAUGAUCUGCACCAUUUCAAUGUGUGUUGUUGCGGUCUCUACGCAUUUACAAACUGUUCCCGGAUCGUCGCAGGAGAACUUUACAAAGCGUUCCGUUACUAUGCUUAUAGGUGAUGUCUCUUCCGCCCUUAUUUUCGGCCAAUUCACUAAUUCCCCCAAAGGCGGUGCUGCGGCAACCUUGGUACAAAUGAUCAUCCUACCUGCCAAAGCCCGAGUGAGACUGAAAGAGUCGCUCGCUUCAGCAAUCGUGCAGAUCACCAAAAUGGAGACAUGCAUAGCAUACGGAGUGGACGAUACUAGAAAUAUCGUCAGCACACCUAGGCUAUUCCGAAAAUUCGAGCGAGCGGCAAAGAAGGCCGAAGCAGCUCUUACCAGUGCAGAAACCUUCCUGGGCUUCACAAAGCAAGAGCCGAGACUAAAAGGUUCCUUUGACACGCAAGAGGUAGUGUAUAAGGAGAUUAUAUUUGUCCUUCGUCAAAUCGUUGACAAAAUGGAGAAUUUGCUCCAAAUGCGCAAAGCCUACGGCUCCGCCGUUCUGGAACAAUAUAACUCUUUAGUUUACAGCUACCGCCGUAACGUUGCCGCCUCAAUCACUCUAAUGCUCUUCUCCUGCCACGAAGCACUGACGACAAAGCUUCCUCUUCCACAAUUCCUACCAUCGGCAAGGUUAGCACAUCUCCGCAUGGUUGUACGCGUCCGCCAGAUCCUGCUCGAAGAAGACCAGCAACAAGAACGCCAAGAGCUGAGCGAGCGGUUGGAUACCAACGCCGGGGCCCGACGCAGAGCACUCAGACUCAAAUUCCUCUCCUGGAACGCUUCCACCGCUGCCCUGGAAGAAUGCAUAGAAUACGUGGAGGAGCUAGUUGACCUCUUGAAAAUGCUCGUCGGAUCAAACGAGUUUAGGUCCGGGCUACUGCACAGGCCGACGUACAGGGAGUACGUGGAGAAGAUGCGACAGCAGAGGAUGGGUACUGGUGGGGAGGGUGUAGAGGGUGACGGGAAGACGCUGGCCUCGACGACCGCUAGUUCCUUCGCUAGGAAAUUAGCGAAGAUGAGAGGGAAGGAGGAAGAUGCAGCUUUGGAAAUUGAUAUUCCGAAUCCACUGCAGAGGAUUCAUUCCCGAAGGGCUGAGGCGAAGAUGGGGAGGCAGAGGAAUAGGGCUGCGGAGGGGGUGAAGGAGGAGGAGGAUAAGUGGUGA